AACUCUGCGUGCGAGUCCACGCACCUCGGCCACGGUCGAGCAACACGCCCCGCCGACUGAUGGACAUCAGUCAACAUUGCUUCCCACCAUGAGCUCCUCCACAGUCUCCGCGUCGGGGGCAACGCCGACACAGCAUCUCCAUCCUUUCCAGCGGCGCGUGGACGAUGUCAAGACAUCGAAAGCAGAUAUUAAUUUCGUAAUCAUGGACUAUCUCAUCACCGAAGGGUACCCCCGGGCGGCAGAGAGGUUCGCGAAAGAGGCAAACAUCAAUAUACCGAUGGAAGAGGAGUCGAUCCAAGCAAGAGUGGAGAUCAGAAGAGCCAUUCACACCGGCGACAUUGACACUGCGAUCAACAAGAUAAACGAUCUCAAUCCUCAAAUCCUCGAUACCGACCCAGCCCUCCACUUUGCUCUCCUUAGGCUCCAACUCAUCGAACUCAUCAAGACCUGCACAGCUACAGAAACCUCGGAUAUCGUUCCAGCUCUCAACUUUGCAUCCUCGCAGCUUGCCCCUCGCGCUGCUUCAAACCCUGAAUUCCUAGAUGCUCUUGAAAAGACCAUGUCCCUUUUGCUAUUCCUUCCCACUGAGAAUCUGAAACCAGAACUUGCCGAAUUGAUCAAACCAUCCCUCCGCCGAGAAGUCGCAGGCCGCGUUAACGAAGCCAUCCUAGCUAGCCUAGGAGCACGAGGGGAAGCGCAAUUACGUAACUUGGUCCGAUUGCGACAGUGGGCCGAAGACAAGGCAAGAGAAUCUGGGAGAAAUAUCCCACCCUUCCUACCAUUCGGGGUCCAGGUGGGGCCAGAAGAAGGUGAGUCCGGCGAGGCUAUGGUUUCGUGAGCACGCACAGCUCACGCAGUUUCGCUCGGGCUCAGUCUAUGGGAUGCAUCCAAGGCCCUCAUACUAUCGGUCUAUACCAUCUGAGGUUUUUCGUGAGAUUUUCAUUAACAGCGGAGGUGUAGAUCACAAGUUCUCUGACGCAUAUCACUGUAACGCCUUCUAAAGGCGCACUGGUGAUGGUGUUCAUUUGGCUUUAAUUGCUUUAUGGCGUUCGGAUACGGUACCAGCAUGGUAACGGGAAUGGCUAAAGGGUUGCGGCCGGUACAAGGUGUUAUAGGUCUGGCGUGCACGAUACCUGUCCCACGCGGUCGUGGUUUUGACACAAUUAGUAUCCUUGAAAUCAAGAUAUUGUUUUGCC